AGGGGGGAGGUUAGCCUGAUAAAUAAGUGCAGCAACGGCCAUAUUCUACAAAAUAAAAGUAUUUUACAUAUGCUACUGGUGGUGGGGGGCAAGGCCUUGCAUUUACUGGUUGUUAUAAGCUAAGGAUGGUAAAGUACUAUGUCUUGUUGGGAUAUUAAAAUGUUGUAACAUUUGUUUGCUCAAGUCAAUUGGCUAAUUGAGAUUAAUUUUCUUGAGAUUAAAGUAAAAAUAAUAUUCCCUUUUAGGCUUCUAUCAACAAGGUCCGGGUAUCAUAAUCAAAACGUGGUUAAGUUCUAGCCAAUUCAGUUUUGACAACUUUGGAAACAUUCCAGACUAUCCUGGUUGUCCAACAUACGUUCAAAAUGCAGAUAAUUUCAUCUACUCUGGCUAUUAUCCCGGGAAGCACCAACAUGGACGCUAUUCAUCAGUGUUUGUUUCGCCACAAAAUGGAAAGCACAAGUUCUUUGCUAUAUGCAGCUCAAAAUGUCGUCUGGAAAUCGAGAUGAACCCAAAUGGAUUUAUAAAAGUUUUAGAGAUGAAUCUACAAACCAAUGAUAACUGGAAUGAAAAGAAAUAUUCAGCUGAAGUUGACUUACUAAAAGGCUUCAGAUACGAAAUCGUUGCUUAUCACUACGGUACAUCCUCUAGCACUGGAUUUUUUCGCCUUGGUGUGACAUUUCCUGAUGCAACAGAAGUGAAGCCUAUACCAAAAGCAUACUUGCGAAGAUCAAUGGCACAUUAUAAAUGGACUGGAUUGAUUGCUCAAAGGUACGACAGCUUGCAAAUGGGCCCCUACCCCUAUACAAUUUCAUAUAUAUACAACAACAACCUGAAUUAUCCAAACAAUCCAACGUCAUUCACUUGCAAAUCUACCCUUUUUGAUCCAAGUCAUGAUCACGACUUUGGUGACUACUAUGCCUUGCGCUACAUUGGAUAUAUCAAAGUCCCUUCAAAUGGCGCUUAUAAGCUCAAAUUGGAGUGUGACGAUAUCUGUGAAUUUUUCAUCACCAAAAACAACGUUGAAUCAAGUCUCGGAACAUCUGUAUUUGUCAGCCUUUCGAAUCCGGGGUCGGUAGAAAUGGAUGCAGGCCAGUUAUCGUCGAGCAUUUUUUAUCCGAUCAAAGCAUUUAUGGCGGAAGCUGUUGCCUACGACUACAUAAGAGUUCAGCAUAGAGUUGGUAGCGGUAACUACUCGUCAUCUUGGGCAAAUAUGCUUUACAAUUUGAAACCAGAUGUAACUGCCAUGAGUAUACCAGCUCCAGUACUUGCGAUGAUUAACUCUACUGUCAUUUCAAUCACGCUGCCUUCAGCUCCAUACCUACCUCCCUUGGAUUAUUGGACUUAUAUAACCAAUCAUGAAGUUUGCUACUACAAAGUUGGAAACGAAAGCAAUGUCCACACAAUCACAGUAACUGGAAGUCUGCCACAAACAGUGAUUGCAUCAGUGCUUGGCAAAUACACUGAUUACCAAUUUUUUGUUCAUUACUUUGGGGAAAUUGGCAGCGCUGAUCACAAUAUCAUAUCGCCAGGUGCAAUACAGAAAACAGAUGAAGAUGUUCCUGAUGUAGCUCCACCAAAUCUUGCUGCAGUAAAACAGUCAUCUACGUCAAUUCUGGUGACAUGGCGGACAUUUUCAGAUUUGACUCUUUGGAAUGGAAUCGGCGUUGGCUUUGAGAUUCAAUAUAAGAUAAAAACAGGUACUUCGAGUCCUUGGCUGUCUAUAAUAAUAGGCUCGGUGGGAGAUCGCGGGUCUACAGUGACUGAAUUAAAGAAAUACACCAUAUACGAAUUUAAGGUGGCAGGAAGAACUUCGAAAGGAAGUGGCGUUUUCAGUGCACCAGUUGAAGAACGAACAAUGGAAGAUGUACCUUCCGCUGCCCCAGCCAACGUAACAGCAAGAAAUACAAGCUCUUCUAGUAUUCAAGUGAGCUGGAAUGAUGUACCAUCAGAUCAUCAGAACGGGAUCAUAACCGGAUAUAAGGUAUACAUCAAAAAGGCGAUAGGAAACAACCCGUGGACUAGUUAUGAGGUGACUGGAAAGUCAUUCACAAAGUCUGGUCUUGAUUUUUGGACAUUUUAUGAUGUCAAGGUAUCUGCAAAGACUUCAGUUGGAGAGGGAACCAUAAGCAAUGUUACAAAGGCUAGAACCGACGAAGAUACUCCAACAGGUGGUCCUGCAUCCAUUCAUAUUGCUGGCAGCAAAGGAUCUGCAAUGUUAAAUUGGCAAGUCAUACCAUUUGAGCAUAGAAAUGGUAUCAUAAGAAGCUAUGUCAUACAUUUCAAGAUAGUUAACAAAGAUACCAGAUGGAAUGAGACAAUAAGCACUGCUUUAAAUUCCACCGUUAAUGGUUUAGAGAAAAAUGAACAUUAUGAAUUCAAGAUUGCUGGUAAGACAAACAAAGGGAUUGGGACAUUUGGGGAGUCUUUAAAGUUUUCAACGUAUGAAACAAAUCAAGUCGACGAAGAAGCUCCUUCUGCUUUCAUCACUAACAUCAAAUUUACAAAUAUGGCGUUAGUUAAGCAUCUUUCAAAAGUAGUUCAAGUCACUUCUACCGAGGAAUGCUUCAACGUUUGCAAAAACUGCUUCGAAGCAGGAAGUGGAUGCAGAUGUGCCUCUAUAAAUAUCAAGAGGGCAGCCGCAACAUCAAUAUGGGGAUGUGAAAUCAACGAGGAGAGCAAGGAAGCAUUUCCUUGUGAUUUUGUAGCAACGGAGGGUUCCCAGUACUAUGAAGUCAACUAAGUUAUAAAAGAAGCAAGUUUUCUUAAUCAAUAUCUAGCACAGCACAGAAACUCAAUAGCAGCUAUGAAAUCAAUAUAUUUUCAGAAUGUCAAGCUAUUAUAAACAAUGUAGCUGAAUACUUUCAAAAAUGGUUGAUCCAGAACAUUUAUCAAACAUUUUGUAGAUUUUGUAUUAAUGUCUAUACUGAUCUUUUUUGAAGCAGGCAAAAUUGACUCAAAUAUCAAAUUGUGAUGCAAAAAGUAUGCAAACACUUUUAGACUAAUGGCAUUAGCUGGAGUUUACUAUGAUCUUCGCUUAAAUUUCUUUUUGCGUACAUUUUUCGGUGUUUCUGUAAUCGUUUUGAUCAUCAUUGUCACCUAAUUAUUGCAUAUUACCUUUUUCAUUAAUUGUACUUUUCUAUAGUUAUAAAGCAAUACAAAACACGUUGAAAGGUGCAAGUUGUAAAGUUGAUCAAAAAUUUUUACUUCAGUACAUAACUUCAUUUUUACAUUUUUUAUUAUAUAUUUUUCAUAAUCACAUAUAAUUAUUAUGAUCAAGUGUUAAGUAAAGAUCUAGUGUGUUUAUAUAAAAAAUUCUAGAGUCAAGAGUAGUUUAGGAAUGCUGUGGAUGAAAUAGUACGUUUUAAAUAGGAUUUGCCAUAACUGUUGAGAAAGUAGUAAUGAUUUUACUCAAGAUUCGAGUUGUUUGAAUGUGAUUACAUUCGAAAUAUCGAUGUAUCGAAAUGCUAUUCUACCUAAUUUUAGAGGUUAUUUCAUUACGUCAUAAUCAUUUUAUGACUUCAUCUUCCAUUUUAAUAUCAUGAUAUAUUAAGCCUGAAAAUUUUAAGCUAGUGAAAAAAUCAAUCAAAAUUAGAAUUUUGUUGAAUAGGAGAUGAUAUAGAAUCCAAUCAUCGUCAUCACUGUCUGCUGGAAUUACCAAAGGAAAUGUAUUUCAAAUCAUCAUCGUCUGCCUCAAGGUGGUCACCGUUAUUUUCAAUGACCGGACCCUCUUGCGUUACAGAAUUCUCUACAAAUUUCGUCGCUACAGCAAUGCAAAUCUUUGCUGCUGUUUGGCGGCAAGUGUCAGGGGCCCUCCAAAAAAUGAAAAAAAUUGGUGUGAAAAAGAUUUCGGGAAUCGCUUGGCUGACACCAAUAUUUUCAGCAGAUAUUCAGAGCUUUUGACGAUCGAAUGUUUUUCUCGUCAAACCGUUAAGAAACCUUUUCUCUGAUAACCUUUUCAGUGCCGUUUCUUACUUUUUUAUCAAAUGUAUGUUUCAGAACUAGAAAAUAUAAAAAAAUUAUUUUCCUGUAAACCACACUUGGUACCACCGGUAGGCCAGAUCAUUCUUUCCAUUGUAUGUCCAACCAAAACUUAUAGGCAAUUUCUCUUGAUAUCUUUUUUUUGUAUUGCAACCAAUAACUCAUGCUUUUUUCUUUGAGUCUGGAUCGGGUCGUAGAGCUUGUGAUCACUUGUUUUUCAUCGUCUUGCAUAUUCUUACUCUUAUCUGAACUUGUGGUUCGUCACAUUUGCCAUUUUUUAAUUAUGUUUGCAUAACUCUAUUUGCAUUCGCGAGAGUAUCUUUGCAGAUUUCCCAUCUCAUCGUAACUUCUUCGAGAAAAAUUUUCUUGCCAGUAUACUUUUUAAAAUUUUAACUGUAACUUCCGCUCAAAAUUUCUUUCAUUCCAUCUUGGAUUUGGAAUCUGCAUAGAUAAUUUAGAGUAAAAAUUUCCGAAAAGUUGAGAGCAAGGCCUUGGCUGACACUUCCGCAAUAUUUUUUGUCAUCACUUUGGAUUCGAAAUAUCUAUGGAUGAUUUAGUUGGAAUGUGAAAUCAAAUUUGGGGUUAGGCAGCUUGCUAUUUUUUCUACAAAAUUAUCUAUGCAAACAAUCUUUUGGUGGUACAAAACUUGAAAAUGGCUUCGAAAAAGCAAACAUUUGAGUAAACUAAAGCUUUUCGUCUGACACUCUUCAGAGUUUUAAACGUCAGAGCAUAGAUCAAAAACUCUACGCUAGGAAAUAUAUAUACCCAGUUGUGGAUAGAAAUAGGCCAACCAGAAACGUGAGCACAUGACUGUUGAGGUUGACCAAUCAGUGCUGCUUACCUAUUGAGAAUGUUUCCAGUGGAGUCCUUCUUUAUCACAAAGCCCAAUAAAGAAUCAGGAGUGGUUAUUUUGAACAAAAAGGACUACAUCCGAAAAAUGAAGAAUAUUCUCCUCGACAAAAAAAAGUUCGAAAAACUGGGUGACGUCGAAAUAAAGGAUAGAACGGCAAGCUAGAGCGGAAACGUGAGCUGGUUACCUCAAAAGUUUUGACCAACGAUGUUUACGAUAGAAUAAGACCCACAGGUUCACAACGUCCACAAAUGUAUGGCCUCCCUGAAAUACGUAAGCCGAAUGUUCGACUUGGACCCAUCUUGUCUAUGAUUGGCUCAGCACAACAUGAAUUGGCUAAGUGGCUUUCUGAAGUUUUGGAUCCUGUUCU